CCUGUCCAGAGAGGGGCUGGUGUGAGGGAAAAGUGGUUAAUCGUACGAUUGAUGCACUUAUUAAAAUACAGCAAAUUAGCCAUGGUUAGGUCGCCGCUUUUCACGCAUUUAUGCAAAGCGUACAUCAACUGCAGGGCUUCGGGUUGCAGCUCGCAUAUUACUUUACUGCGUGACGUAUAAAACGUUCCUAGUGUGCAAGUGAUACGGUUAAAUCUCCGCUAGCUAUGCUAAUGCUAACUCCUUAGCUUUGUUUACAUAUAUUGCGCGCCUGGUGGAUAAUAUCCGAUCACACAAAUUGGAAAUUUUUUGCUUUAGUUCGUUAUCUGUCAACUCAUUCAUAAGGAAAUGGCAUUGCGCAUUAAAUAGAUAUCAUGAUCAUUGCCGAGUAUCAGCUAUUAAAGCGUUUUGCUGAAUAUUAAGCUAACGUUAGCAAUAACAUGCUAACCUUUUUUAUCUCCGCUCGUUCGAUCAUGCGGUUUGAUGCUAGCCGAUAAGUUUCCUUAGACGUGCUUCUUGUAAUGACUUGGGGUCUUAUUCCUCUUACUUUAUAUCCAUAAAUUAUGAACUUAAGGAAUUUAUUGAUUAAAAAGAAACUAUCAUUAAACAAACUGGUGAUGCUAGCUGAAGCUAGCCACCUGCUGAGCUAGCCAACAUUGUUCGCUUUCAGUGAGACGUCUACAGAAUGCUCAUCAUUUCACAUUGUGUCCACAAUUGAUUGAUAUCCUAGUCUGCGUUGAGGUGGUACAGUGGCUGCUAGCUGCAACAUUAGCCCUUUAUUUUUAUUUUUUUAAUCCAAGUGGGCUGGCUGUGGAUACUGUGCUUCGGACGGCGUUUCCCCCAGGUGCUGGGUAGCGCAUCAUUAUGAAUCCGGUGGACGCAACCGCGCUGUAUGUGUCUGCCACCCGGGCAGUGCUGCAGUGUGACCCGCUAAAUCCUCACACCUUCACAGAGAUGUACAAGCAGUUACCCUUCUUCCGUCAGUCUCUGGCAUGUGUUGUCUGUGGUAAACUCCUUGAGGAUCCCAUUUCCCCAACACACCCAGAGUGUCAGCAUUACGUCUGCUUGGGCUGCAAAGGCCAGAAGAUGCAGAUGAGGUCAUCGUGCAGCCGCUGCAAAGACUAUUCCUGCUUUCAGGAGAACAAGCAGCUGUCUUUACUGGUGCAGUGCUACAGGCAGCUCUGCCUCUAUGUAACCCAUUCACCACUUCUUCAGUCAAUCAGCAGCCACGUGGGAGGCUCCCCAGAGGUCAUGGCCUUGUUGGAGGAGGUGCUUAUGUCCCACAAAGAGGAGACGGAGCAUCAGGAAUCAGCAGAAGAGGAUGUAGGUCAGUCUGCACCUGAGUCUCUAACACCCACAGAGGCACCGCCUGCUCCUGCAGAACUCUCAGCCAUUCCUCAGAGCUCCUCCUCGGAGCCUCUCUGCUUCAAUGGACCGCUGGAUUGCAAUGGAGAAGCACUGGAGGAUCCGUCUUCUCCUGAGCUGGAAGUAUGUGAGGUGGUAGAAGAGCAGCAGCAUCUGGGUCUGUCUGUGUCUGAAACCACUGGGAACGGCUUCGAACUGGGUCUGAGCACUGCACCUUUAACCCCAACAAUAGGCACUGUGUGCUCACUCAGGGAAGGGGAACCUAAUACCAGGGAGGUGGAGGAGGGGGAAGUGUUGCUUCUCAGCGUGGAAGAGGUGUUACAAACGCUGGAUCCCCUUCAGCCUGAUCGAGACACUCUUCACGUGAACCCAGAUAGAACGCACAUAGCCACAGACAAAACGCACACUCAUAUGUACAUACAGCUGGACGCAGCCCACAACUACACACAGAUUCACACGGGCAGGACUCACAUGGCAGCACACCGCGCCGGUCACACGCACUCCUCUGCCUUCGAGCCUCCUCCUGCCUCCAAACCGCCACAAGCCAGGCCCACCCGGAAGCGGUCCCGUUCGGAGAGCGACAGGGAAAAGGUGAACCCUGUUCCCAUCACCUCCAUCCUUCAAGAUUCAUCUCCUCAAUUACUCACUCCGAGCCCUUCGCACAUGCUGCAUACAAAGCUUCCCAUGGCUUCCCUCACUGUACCUGCGCACACAUACUCAUCUGUUCCCAACGGCGCGUUCCCCAAGCACAGCCGCCCCACGCAGAAUCACAACAAAGGUGCCAGAAAACACGUAGACCCCAACUCUAAGAAGGCUCACACCAAGGCCCGCAGCACCGGAGGCUCCAAGACGAAAGACCGGAGCAAAGAUCAGCGGCCGAUGCCAGGCUGUGUGCUGCCAACGCCACCCGUCAGACCUGCCUACAAGAAGCCAGUGGAGAAGAAGGGCUGCAAAUGUGGCAGAGCUACCCAGAAUCCAUCAGUUUUAACCUGCAGGGGGCAGCGCUGUCCAUGUUAUUCGAACCGGAAGGCGUGCUUGGACUGUAUCUGCCGAGGCUGCCAGAACUCCUACAUGGCCAACGGCGAGAAGAAGCUGGAGGCGUUCGCCGUGCCAGAGAAGGCUUUGGAGCAGACACGCCUCACCCUCGGGAUCAACCUGACCAGUAUCACGGCGGCCGCGGCGCUCCGCAACCCGGCGACCACCAGCAUCCGCACUAACACCCUCCUCAACGUCGCCACAGCGACAGGGACCCCAGUGACCACAGCUUUUCUGUCCGCCACCCCCCCGCAGGAUCCUAACUUUGACGACAGCCUGGAGCUGCUGAUUGGCUAAAAGGCAGGAAAUCCCCCCAAAAAACAACAGAUUGGUGCUGAUUGAAUGUGAUGGCUGAUCAUUGACCUGUUACCCCUCACUCCUCUUCCUCCAAGGGGACUCGGCUCAUGGCAGCUAUGUGUCUAUCCUGUUCUAUAACCUGCUGUUUCUCUGUACUGGAAAACGCUGACUAGUGAGAUUAGCAUGGGUGUGCCAAAGCCUCCGGUAUCGUGCCUGUGCACUGGUGUGUAUCGUUGUCAGUCUGUAGGUAUAAUCUGUUCCAAGGAUGUUCUGUACUUCACAGGUGCUUUUUGUUUUGCUCAUAGACCACAGAGUUACUGUAAGAGGCAAUAGAAACCCAUUCCAAGUUUUGUUUGUUUGCACACAAGUAUGUGCAAGUAAAAAAAAUAUUAAUGAGCAUCAUUUCAUCACAAUUUCAUUUCAUCACAUUUCUACCAUUCUGUUAUCCCUAUAUUUAUAAAAGGCAUUAUUUUAUCAUCAGAACCCAGACUUAUCAUGGUCACAGUUUGAUCAUAAAAUCAGACUAAGCUACGGAUCAUCCACUCUGCCUAAAUCCUGUCAGCUGUUUGGAAAACCACGUUAACAGCCUACAUUUUGCUUCCCCUGAGAUCAGUCUGAUGAGGUAGUUUGUGAGAACUUGAGAAACACCUGUUUUGGUCAUCAUGGCAAUAAGAGAAGGAACGGAGAGACUCACUGCUCUUAACCUUAUUUUUUUCUUUCCCAGUUACUGAAAAAUAACCACACCCCUGUCAUGUCUAUGUAGGUAAAAUGAAGCCAUAGUUAAUCAGCAACACCCCUUCAUCCUCACACACACCUUGUGUCCUGAUUAAUCAGAGAUUAUACCAAAUUAUUUUUGAUACUGUCAGAGGUUUGGUAUCCAUGUUUAGUUUUUCAGUUCUAUCACAAACAUUUCAAGAGGCUGUGCAUUAUCAGUGUUUGUGUUUACUGUCUCAGCUCUGACUACAUGCCCGUCAGUCCAGCAUUGGUGACCAAAAAGAAAAAACAAUUGACCGAAGAGAAAAACUCACCUUUUUUCUCCUCGUGGACCAGGAGAGUGGCAGGCGGACUCCAGUAUGAUCAGCAAACAUGUCCUAUCUUCCCGUGUGCGCUCAUUUCAAAGGAUGUAUUCGUUUCGGGCAUUACUUGAACCUCUAAUUUUGUGGGUUUUUUUUGUUUAUAUAUAUUUUCUUUUGCAAUGUAAAAUAAAAAUAUCUUGUUUGAGGAGGAACAAUUAUUGCUUAAAUAUUCACUGCCAUAUUAUGGUGACAUGUAACACAACAUGAAUAAA